AUGGGAUUUGAUCUUGAAAAGUCACGCAUCAUCGCAUUGCCCGAGGAUGCAUUCUAUAUAUCGGACUUCAUUACAGAAGACGAGGAGGACUGGCUACUUCAGAAGGUAAAGUCAGCACCGCUGCCGCGCUGGACCCAACUCUCGCACCGCAGACUUCAAACAUGGCCAUCAGCCCUCACCAAGGGUAAUGCUCUUCUCGAAUCGCCCUUACCAGCUUGGCUUCGAUCACCGAUCGUCGAGCCGCGGUUUGAGGCCCUGUGUAUCUUUAAUGAUGCGCCACACAAGGCGCCCAAUCAUGUCCUAGUAAAUGAGUACCAACCUGGACAGGGGAUCAUGCCACACGAAGAUGGAGCUGCGUACUAUCCCCUCGUUGCGACAGUGAGUCUAGGGGCGCCAAUUGUGCUCAAUUUGUACCACAAACAUGCCCAGGGGGACAGGGAAGAAAAUGAGGCACCAGCCAAGACCGGAAGAGAUGUUGCCGGGAUACCCGACACAAACCGAAGGCCCCAAUACAGGAUUUUGCAGGAGAGACGGAGUCUCCUGAUCACGAGGGGCAAGAUGUACACAGACUUUUUACAUGGCAUCGAGGAAACGACGAGAGAUGAGGAUCUGAGCUCUCGCUCUAUAUGCAACUGGGAGCUCUUGCGAGAGAGGGAAGCGUACCAGAGCGGGUGGUAUGAGCGGAAGACGAGGACUAGCCUUACAUACAGGGAUGUGCUUCAGGUUGUGAAGAUGGGGAAUACCUUGAAGUUUUUAAGUGGGAGGUAA